AUGUCCAGUAACACUCCGUUCAACGGGAAAUGCAAAACGCCUGCUGGCCCCGGCCAUUCGCUCAGGAUCACUCCCUCCAACUCCCCCCUUCCCCGGCCAGCUGCCCGGUCCCCAAACAAACCCUCCGCACACCAGACGAACCUAGCUCUUCAGACAGUCAUUGGAACUACGACCACCUCUCCCAAUGGCUUUUCGAGUCACGAUGAAAGCAGGUCGUUUGCUUUUUGCGCCGGCUCCGCGGCCGUCCUGGCGGAGCUCGAUGACGGCAAUAACGUUCAACAGCGAUUCUUUAGAGCUCGCCCGUCUGCGACCAGCGUCAACCCAGUGAGCUCUUUCUACAAUCAAUCUACCCCGCCUAGUACACCCGAUUCCAGAGCUCGAUCAACUCCAAUAAAGUCAAAUGCGCAUGCCAGCGGUCUACACAAUGGUUCGCCCUCCAACGACUGGGCGGAAAGCGGUAGUUCUCGCGGGUGGUCCUCACGAGAGCGCAUCAAAGCCGUUACAAGUGUCUCGCUUAGUCCAAACGGAAGAUUUCUUGCCAUGGGAGAGACAGGAUAUAACCCAAGAGUUUUGAUUUACUCGACGGCCAAAGACUCCUCUCCUGACGUGCCCCUCUCAAUCCUGACGGAACACACAUUUGGCGUCCGUAACCUGGCUUUCAGCUCAAAUUCGCAGUACCUAUCAUCACUGGGCAAUGUCAAUGAUGGAUUUCUUUUCAUCUGGGCCGUCAGUUUGAAGAAUGGGUCAGCUAGACUGCACUCGACAAAUAAAUGUACUGCGUUGGUUAAGGACAUGUGUUGGAUGGGGCAAACUUUGGUCACGGUUGGCGUUCGACAUGUUAAAGUAUGGAGACUUCCUGAUCAAAGGCCGGGGUCGCCCGGCAAAUCUCGCCACAAUCUGGAAUCUGCAGCACAUUCUUCCAAUCCGACACCAAAGGCGCUUUCAGGGAGAAACUGCUUGCUCGGUGCUUUGGGGGAUAGCACCUUCACUUGCGCGGCAAGCAUCUCAGAGAACGAAGCGGUUGUUGGUACAGACACGGGCGCAUUGUGUCUCCUAGAUGAUAGUGCGGGAUGCCAAAAACUGUCUGUCGCCCGUCAUGUGGGAUUCAGCAUCACCUCUCUGGCGAUCGACUCAGACGGGUCAUGUGUUUGGAUAGGUGGUCGCGGCCGGAAAAUGGAGAAAUUCUCCGUCGAUUCAUUGCGAUCAGCAGCAUCUCCAGUACCACUCGGCAGCCCGGGAGCCCGACCAAAGCCCAAAGGACCCGCGAUAACCUGCAUGGGAUCGCUUUCAUCGCAUCUGGUUACUUUGGACUCCAGUAGAGUGGUCAACAUUUAUCCUUUCGACAGCCUGGACAGUGAAGAUGAUGAGAGCUCGACGGACACAACAAUGCCGGCACAUCGAGACUCGGUCCUUGGAAUUCGCUCCUUGAAAAGGCCCAACGAGCUCAACGCGGACUUUUUCACUUGGUCCUCCAAAGGCACUGUGCACUUCUGGAAUACGGACGGGAAAUGUCGAGCUUCUCGGGCGAUUCCUGUGGACAAGCUCCCCAGCGAUGACGACGAUGUGUCUAACGAGCUGAAGACAGUAGCGGCCGGAGAAGAUUUGGACUUCUAUGUCUCGGGUGAUAGACUGGGUGUCUUGAGAGUGAUGUCAGCGCAACCAUGGAUGUGCGUUAACGAAGUCCGCGCCCAUGGCGGAGAGAUUACAGACAUUGCGAUAUGUUCUGAUCCGGACUCUGACGCCUUUCUGAUAGCCAGCUCUGGUCGGGAUCGCAUGCUUCAACUUUUCCAAAAGCGCGACGAAAGCAUUGAGUUGAUCCAGACCAUGGAUGAUCAUGUCGGAGCAGUCAGUCAACUGUUGUUCUCGCAGGACGGGGAGAAGUUGCUUUCAUGCUCGUCGGAUCGUACCAUCCUCAUCAGGAACCGGGUGACCCGAGAGGACGAUGGAGCCACUGCCGUUGCUUAUCUGAUAUCGAAAACGAUAACCUUGAAGUCAUCUCCUGUCUCCAUGACAUUCUCACCGGAUGACUCGAAUAUCCUUGUUGUCUCCACUAUGGAUCGUUGUAUCCACAUUGUCGACUUAUCUUCUGGUCGAGCAGUUCACGCUUUUCGCGCCGCAGAUUCGGAAUCACCCGACGCUGUUGUCAUGAGUGCUCUCACUGUGGCUACUGAGAUUCCCGGACAGAGUCCCAGGGUGCUUGUCGGAGUUUCGAGCACAGACAAGUCCAUUCGCGUCUAUGACAUGGAUAGAGACUUGCUUCUUACCGGUGAAUUUGGGCAUGCAGAGGGCGUUAGCGACGUUCUUCUACUAGACAACCCGCAAGAUACCCCAGACGAUCCGGUUAAACGAACCCUCAUCAGCGUUGGCAUCGAUGGCAUCGUCAUGAUAUGGAGUUUGACUGUACAGCCUCAUCAGUCUUCAGAUCCAGUUCAGAACAGCAGCCGCGAUGAGGACGACACACCAGCGAAGACUGCGUCUAAGCCCCCUAUCCGUCGAAUUCUUUCGAAAUCCGAGCUUGCCGGUUUCCAAAAGCAAGACCCCUCAGCUACCACUCCCGCACCAGUACGCGAAAGCUCACCGCCCCUGGUACGCAGGAUGUCGAAGCUCUCCCUAAAAUCAUCCUCUUUGAGGAACGGGCAUGCGAUUUCUUCUACACCCUCUCCACCACACUCAUCCCGCCGUUCUCCUACAUAUGCUCCCCCCCACGAAAGACAGCGCAGGUCGCCGUCUACCAGCCCCAAGUCAACACCAACCCCAACACCCUCGUCCACAUCGACAUCCACACCAACCAAGAAAGCCAGCAAAACUAGCAGCACCCGCCGCGCCUCUCUAGAAUUCCGCUCCCGCACCAAACACUCCCACACCCAUCAAAACGACUCCGGAAGCCUCAACAUGUCCACAGAACAAGUCUGCCGCACCCUCAGAGCUUACAGGAAAAAGCUUCACGGAUCCUCUGAACACCUCCGUUCCCAAAUCGAACUCGAACGCGAACUCAGUCUCACACUUCGGAGCCUGGGCUCUCAUAACAAGGACUUCGGGGACGCACAGUUGGAGACGGAGACUGAUAGUAGCGGCAGGGAGAAUGAGCGGAUGCCUCUGUCAUCUAUGUCGUCGGGGAGGACUUUGCGGAUUCCGCAUCUGCCUUCAACUCCUGAACUUGGGCAGAAGAGUUUGAGGGAGGUAUGUGUUUGUAGGAGUCGGUCUAUUGAUGAUGGUGAGGGUUAG